AUGACUACUAAGAAAUGCAACAAGGAGUUCUCCAGCGACUACACGUUGUUGAUACCAGAGAAACUGAGUUUCUAUGAACUCAUUCGCAUCUUGUUCCCGGGUGGCAUAGAAAAGAGAGCAUUUGUAGACUGCCAGGAGGGUGCUGAUUCGAAUUUCGAGCGUAGAUGGAUCAUAUUCAUCUCCAUCUUGGCACAAAAGCUUCUGCAGUUUGUGGCAAAGCCAUUGUCAUGGUUCGGAUCAGCGUUUGAGAUGGGGUUGAACCUUUGCUCCACUAAUGGCGGCUUUGGCAUGCUCUUGCUCAAUUAUUUAAGAGGGAAAAUCCAAUGGCCGGACAAAACAUCUCCGACUUUCUCAUCGAGCUGUGGACAUCUAGACAAGCGAGUGGAGUUAGACAAGAGCAUCGAACCAGGAGAUAGCAAAUACCAUGCAGCACUUUCUAUGAUGUGUGCUAAGAUAGCUUAUGAGAAUAAAGCCUAUAUCAAAACUACAGUGGAAGAUCAAUGGAAGAUGGAAUUUUUGGGAUCUUUUGAUUUUUGGAAUGAUUAUCAAGAUAAAGCAACAACACAAGCAUUCAUACUUCAUGAUAAAAAUGUUGACAGCGAUACAAUAGUUGUGACCUUUAGAGGUACUGAAGCAUUCGAUGCAGAUGCAUGGUGUACUGACUUUGAUAUCUCCUGGUAUGAAAUCCCGGGUGUGGGAAAGAUUCAUGGGGGAUUUAUGAAAGCUCUAGGCCUACAAAAUAACCUAGGUUGGCCUAAGGAUAUUAAACAGGAUGAUAGUCACCCGCCGGUGGCUUACUACGCCAUUCGGAAAAUGCUGAGGGAACGCUUGCAGGCAAACGGUGAAACAAAAUUUUUAGUGACUGGUCACAGCUUAGGUGCGGCUCUGGCAAUCCUCUUUCCGGCAGUUUUGGCAUUGCACGAGGAGACGUGGAUGUUGAAGAGGCUCCGGGGUGUAUAUUCCUUUGGACAACCCCGGGUUGGAGAUCAGAAAUUUGGGGAGUUCACGACAAAGAAGCUGAAAGAGCACAAUAUUCCAUAUUUCAGGUUCGUUUACUGUAAUGAUUUGGUGCCCAGGUUGCCCUACGAUGACAAGGCGCUUAUGUUCAAGCACUUUGGCACAUGCGUCUACUAUAACAGCAUCUAUGAAGGAAAGGUAAGCUUCUUUCUCCUAGACACAUUUUAUUCAAACUUCUCUACAUUCAAUAUUUCACCAUCAUAUGAACUGUUCGUGGAAUUCAAUGGGCUCCAUAUCAGACAUGGCCAAGCUGAUCACUCAAAAAGAUCCAACCAUAGUGCCAUGCAUGCAGCACCAUGGUUGAAACAGACUCCACCAUCUCUCCUGUGUUUCUAUUUCCAGGAAAAAUAUGAAUUAAUUAAACUCCUACCAAUAGGCCAUGAGCUGUAA